AUGUCAUCCUAUUGGGUUGUGGAGGUGUUUCCACUUGGUGUGACGGCAUUUCUACCAAUAAUCGUUCUACCGAUCCUUGGAGUAAUUCCGAUCCGCGAGACAAGUACAGCUUAUAUGAAUGAUACAAACUUUCUAUUCAUGAGUUCAAUGCUGAUUGCACUUGCCGUUGAGGAUUGCGGGCUACAUCGAAGGGUUGCAUUGAAGUUUUUGGCGCAUGUCGGAACGAGACCGCAAUGGUUGAUGCUUGGAUUUAUGGUGAUCACUUCCUUUAUUUCUCUAUGGAUCUCCGAUACGGCAACAGCCGCAUUGAUGGCACCGAUAGCUUAUGCUCUUUUAGAAACAAUUAUGAUUCCCAGGAUGAAAGAUAUCGUGGAGAUAUGGCCAGACGGUACUCAAAAUACCAUCAUCGAUUCAGGACCGGUGAAACUGGACGUGAAACGCCUAUCCCCAAAAGACAGAGGAAUUUGCAAAGCAAUGAUGCUAAUCGUUGCCCAUGCUUCUCUCAUCGGCGGCACCGGAACGAUCAACGCAACCGGUCCAAACCUAAUUUUCCGACAAACUCUUUAUGAACGCUAUCCGCCAGAGGAAACAGGUGUCACUUACUUUUCGUGGAUGGCCUUCCAGGUUCCUCCAAUGUUUCUCUACAUGAUCUCAAGUUGGUUGGUAGUACAGAUUCAAUUUAUCGGAAUUAAAUACGUGCUCCGGAUUUUUCAUAAGGUGACCCCAGAGGAGGCGGAAGAGGAAAAACGAACAAGAAGCGCCGUUUUGAAAGCUUAUGAAGAAUUGGAACCUAUGAGGAGGUUUCAAUGGUCUAUCAUUUUAUUGCUGGGCGCGGGAUUUGCGAUAAGCCGAAGCGUAAAAAUGUCAGGUCUCGCAAGUUGGAUUGCAUGCCAGAUCGACAAUAAUUUAAGCCAUUUACCGCUGGUCUGGAUGCAGGUUAUAAUUUCAAUACUUGUGGUGACGAUGACUGAAUUUUCGACGAAUACUUCGACAGCCAGUAUUUUUAUCCCGAUUGCCUUCAAUGUGGCUGAAAAGUGUAAUGGAUAUGGCUUCAUGUGGAAUCUUCCUCAACAUCUUUUGCAUCUUCUUCACAGUUCUAAAUAUGAAUACAUGGGCUGCAUGGAUAUU